GCGUGUGCAAGGACUUCCUGGCGGCAGUUGGACGCGCUUGCACGAAGAAUUCCCUACGGCAGGUUUUUGCGGUUGUGAGGAAUUCCGGGCGGUUGCACGUGGCGGUGGUUGCCGCUCUCCCAGCAGGCUCAGCUGCUGUCGGGCGCACACACUGCAAGACUAGUUCAAAUUCUGCCUGAUGGCUUCUCGCUAUGACAGGGCCAUCACUGUCUUCUCCCCAGAUGGACACCUUUUCCAAGUGGAAUAUGCUCAGGAAGCGGUGAAAAAAGGAUCCACGGCGGUUGGCAUUCGAGGUACCGAUAUAGUUGUACUUGGGGUAGAAAAAAAAUCUGUUCCCAAGCUUCAAGAUGAAAGAACUGUGAGGAAAAUUUGUGCCCUUGAUGAUCAUGUCUGCAUGGCUUUUGCAGGACUAACUGCUGAUGCGAGAGUCGUAAUCAACAGAGCCCGUGUUGAGUGCCAGAGUCAUAAGCUAACAGUGGAGGACCCAGUCACUGUAGAGUAUAUAACGCGCUUCAUAGCAACUUUAAAGCAGAAAUAUACUCAGAGCAAUGGACGAAGACCUUUUGGUAUUUCUGCCUUAAUUGUAGGUUUUGAUGAUGAUGGUGUCCCAAGAUUAUAUCAGACAGAUCCCUCUGGUACCUAUCAUGCUUGGAAGGCAAAUGCAAUAGGCCGAAGUGCUAAAACAGUUCGAGAAUUUCUUGAAAAGAAUUACACAGAAGAUGCUAUAGCAAAUGACAGUGAGGCUAUCAAAUUAGCAAUAAGAGCUUUGCUAGAGGUUGUCCAGUCUGGUGGAAAAAACAUUGAACUUGCCAUAAUAAGAAGAAACCAACCUUUGAAGAUGUUUAGUGCCAAAGAAAUUGAAUUACAAGUAACCGAAAUAGAAAAGGAAAAGGAAGAGGCAGAGAAGAAGAAAUCAAAGAAAAGUACCUAAUUCUUAGAAUGAACACUAGGGGUUUUUAGUGUUUUGUUGUACUGGUUGGAGUAAUUUACUGAACUUUUAGAGGAAAUAAGUUACUUUGCAGCAUUAAAUUUAGUAGAUGAUUUGAGAUUGCCACAUUUAUGGCUCUGUUCAGUCUAUUACAUGGAAAAAUUAGAUGAAUAUGAAGAUUUUCUUUGAAAAGAGUUUUCAGUAAUUGUUGAAAGCAGUCAUUAUUUAACACAAACCUGAGACUAUACCAUAUGCAUGUAUUGUCUGGUGUUACUUUUCUACAUAUAUGGAAAUUUAAUUAAGAAAAACAUUUUUAUUUUAAAAAAUUAAUAAUUUGGUGAGAUUUGUGUAUUGACUGUCCCUCAAAGAGACAGCUAUUCUAAGAUAAACAUAAUAUGAGUUGCAUUCCCAGAUGAAUGAUAAAAACAUCCUUACAUUGGGGAAUUGUCAAAAUUCUGUCAGAGAACUUUCUCCAUCUCUGAAUUCUUUGUGUUUGUUUUACCUUUUUCUUUUUGUAAGUUGUAGUUUAUUGCUUUGUUUGUGAAGUAAAUAUUUAAGGCCUAAAAUCCAAAUAGGCAAUUAGAAUAAAGUGUGGUAAGAAUGUAUAAAAGCAUCAGAAUAGGGAUCUAUAUGGACAUAAGGAUAGAAAUUAGUAGAUGAUUUCUUAAUUUAGUUUAUAUUUUAUCUUAAGUGUACAGUAUGUUAGGUUUGUUACAUGUUCCAUCAAAUGUCUGAAUGCUUAUUAUGUCUGGCUUAUUGUACUAGGCUUAUUUAGAGGGUCAAAAUAAAUAUAAAAAUUGAUCCCUGCAGACACAGAUUGUUAAAUCUAAAUUACCCACAAAAAGAAUAUGCUUAAUGCCUGUAAGGAGAUUGUAAUUUUUUAAAUAAAGGUUAUUA